UCUCAGACUUAGGUUUUGUUGAAGAAGGUGCAGCUGUCCCAUCUGUGCCCUUUCUGUGCUGUGUACCCAGCUUUCAUUCUUGCAGUGUUUGAGACCUGAGUACAUUCACUGUGUGUCAUCUCUCUGAGUCUCCCAUCUGAUGGUUCCAGUGAAUAGACAAUAAUUGGCAGACGCCCUCUUGGAGCUCCUGAGGGAAAUCAUAUAUGUAGUAUUUUAACCAAGAAGCACCUGAGUGAUAUUACCGUAGGGCAGGAGGCAAAAAGUUCAGCCAACCAUCAGCAGAAGAGAUAAGAAACUGUGAAAUGUACCAAGAUCAAAAAGAACACACUGAUUCAGCAGAACUGGCUGAUUGUGCUGCAGUCAUCAUGAGUAGGCACAGGGUCAUUCGUUUCUUAACAAAUGUAUAAGAAAAAAGGUUCAGACAAGAAUCUGGUGGUCAUUCCCUGACAAAUGGAGAACUAUUUCCAAGCAGAGGCGUAUAACCUCGAUAAGGUUUUAGAUGAAUUUGAGCAAAACGAAGAUGCUGCUGUUUCACCUACACUGUUGGGUGCAAAGUGGAAUCAGAUUCUAGAUCCGCCUUCACGUCGUCUGUCGUAUAACCCGACUGUGGCCGAUGCGAAUGAAGCUACAACUCCUAAUGAAUGUCAGCAGAGAUUAAAGUCGUUCUCCUUGUCUCAUUCAGUGACUACACCAACAGGAGGAGAGGAUCACUGUGCUAAUGGAAAGGAUUUUAGCCUAAGCCCAGAGACUCCAGUCAUGUGGAUUGAUGAUCAGGCAGCAGCAGACGAUCAGUUAAUUAAAAGAAAUAGUAGUCGGGAUGAUCAGUGUAACGCUGUGGAAUCUGGAGAAAAGAAAUGUGGAAGUAUAGCUUGCUUGCCAGAGGAGAAAAAUGUACUAGUGGUGGCAGUUAUGCAUAACUGUGACAGAAGAACACUGCAAAGUGGUGACUUGCUGGAUUGUAAAAAUUACAACAGUCAGUCCCUAAUGGACACUAUUAGCUUUACACUGGAUAAUGAAAGCCAACAGAGUGAUGAGUUUAGUGUUACUGUAAAUGGAUCCAUGGAAAAAGAUGCAGAUACAGAAAAGCAAGUAAAUUGGCUAUGUACCGAAGAUGACUCUAGAAGUAAUUUGUUCAACGCUUCAUCUGAAACCUUGACCGUUGCAUGCCCCUCCUCUUGCUUAAAGGAUGAUUUUAAUAUGAGUAAAGAUUCAUGGCUUUCAGAAGCUACAGCUGCAGGGAUUAAUACAGUGACUCUCUGUAAGAGACCUGUUGAUGCUAUCAUUAAAAUGCAAGAAAAUUGUGUAUCAGUUGAAAAUUUUAGUAGUAAAGCCAUUCCUCAGAGAACAGAUCUAGAAGUUAAAAACUUUUCUUCUGGUUCAAGUAAUGGAAGCUUAGGAGAAGAAACAACCCAACAAAUAUGUUCUAGGGUAUCUGGGCUUGAAGAAACUUGUCAAUCUAAUGUGGCUGGAAGUAGCAGCUACAAGGAAUGUGUUGCAGAACAUUUUACCUCUGAGGAUGGUAGUGCCAUUGAAGGUGAAGUCGUUGAAUGUGGUAAAAAUCUUAGCACAUCUGAAGUGCUCGGUAUGGGAGAGUGUUACCCUGAAUCUCAGGAGAUGACUAAUAGGGAAUUGACUAGAUUGAAUGAGAUUAAUGAUAAGCAAACUGUGGAAGAGAAUGAAAGACUUCUGCAGACAAAACAGCCUGAUGAAGCAUGUAGUAGAAACAGAGAAGGUGGAGAUGGGAAGAUGGAGGCAGACAUAGACUUAAAAGGGACUGGUACAGACGAGCCUGAAGGGUCCAGUCUCUCUGAUGCGACAGGUACAUCAAUAGCAAGCUCUCUGUCUAAUGGUUGUGAUUCCUAUGGAAUGCAGAACCCAGUUGUUCCUCAUGUUCCAAAGACUUUACCCUCCAAGGAAGACUCGGUAACUGAGGAAAAGGAGAUAGAGGAGAGCAAGUCAGAAUGUUAUGCGAAUGUUUAUGAACAGAGAGGAAAUGAGACCAUAGAAGGAAGUGGUCUUAUUUUAAACAGUGCUGGUGACCACGUAAAGAAGAACUAUAUACAUAAUCUCUGUAGUCAGGUGCCAUCCCUGCAAGGGCAAACUUCACCAAAACCAGUGACUAAUCUGCAGUCUGUUAGUGUUCCUUUUGGUGGUGCAAGACCAAAACAACCUACAAAUCUUAAAUUGCAGAUCCCAAAGCCAUUAUCGGACCACUUACAAAAUGAUCUUGUUCCCCCAAACUGUGGAGGUAGUAGCAAAAACAAAAAUGUCUUUGUUAAGACACAAUUAGGGGAUAACUUGACAGCAGAUGUGUUUCCUGGUGAAGCAUCAUUAAAUGCCCCUGUUACCGACACUAAUGGAGAUCACAUAGAAGAGUAUGAAUCUGGAAUCUCUAGUAGUCCGUGCCUUGCAGUAGCCCCAGAUAGUCCAGACAAUGAUCUCAGAGCUGGUCAGUUUGGAGCUCCAGCCAGAAAGCCUUUUACUACUUUGGGUGAGGUGGCACCAGUUUGGGUUCCAGAUUCUCAAGCACCAAACUGCAUGAAAUGUGAGGCGAGAUUCACAUUCACGAAAAGAAGGCAUCACUGCAGAGCUUGUGGGAAGGUUUUUUGUGCAGCAUGCUGUAGCCUGAAGUGCAAGCUGCUGUACAUGGAUCGAAAGGAAGCCAGAGUGUGUGUAAUCUGCCACUCGGUACUAAUGAAUGCUCAAGCCUGGGAGAACAUGAUGAGUGCCCCGAGCCAGAGUCCUAACCCUAACAAUCCUGCUGAAUACUGUUCUACUAUCCCUCCUUUGCAGCAGGCUCAGGCAUCGGGCGCCCUGAGCUCUCCACCUCCCACUGUCAUGGUACCUGUGGGAGUUCUAAAGCAUCCUGGAGCAGAAGUGGCUCAACCUAGAGAACAAAGACGCGUUUGGUUUGCUGAUGGGAUAUUACCCAAUGGAGAAGUUGCUGAUGCAGCAAAGCUGACAGUAGCUGGAACAACUUCUACAGGAACCUUAGCAGUAUCGCACGAUCCAACGAAGCCCAUAACCAACAAUGCUUUAUCAGCAGAAACUGAUAAUGCUUCUGUAUUCUCGGGAAGUAUAACUCAGGUUGGCAGUCCUGUUGGCAGUGCAAUGAAUCUAAUUCCUGAAGAUGGGCUUCCUCCGAUUCUCAUCUCCACUGGAGUAAAAGGAGAUUACGCUGUAGAAGAGAGACCUUCUCAGAUCUCUGUCAUGCAGCAGCUGGAGGAUGGUGGCCCUGACCCUCUUGUAUUUGUUCUAAAUGCUAAUUUGUUGUCCAUGGUAAAAAUUGUAAAUUAUGUGAACAGGAAGUGCUGGUGUUUCACCACAAAAGGAAUGCAUGCAGUGGGACAGUCUGAGAUAGUCAUUCUCUUGCAGUGUUUGCCUGAUGAGAAGUGUUUGCCCAAGGAUAUCUUUAACCAUUUUGUGCAACUUUAUCGGGAUGCCUUAGCAGGUAACGUUGUUGGCAACCUGGGACACUCCUUUUUCAGCCAGAGCUUUCUGGGAAGCAAAGAACACGGAGGGUUCUUGUACGUUGCAGCUACGUAUCAGUCCCUGCAGGACCUGGUGCUCCCAACCCCACCCUACUUGUUUGGCAUCCUCAUUCAGAAAUGGGAGACGCCCUGGGCUAAAGUGUUCCCCAUUCGGCUGAUGCUGAGACUCGGAGCUGAAUACAGAUUUUAUCCAUGCCCACUUUUUAGUGUCAGAUUUCGUAAACCUCUGUUUGGAGAGACUGGACACACCAUUAUGAACCUCCUUGCAGACUUCAGAAAUUACCAGUACACGCUGCCGGUGGUCCAAGGCUUAGUGGUUGAUAUGGAAGUCAGAAAAACCAGCAUCAAAAUUCCCAGCAACAGAUAUAAUGAGAUGAUGAAAGCCAUGAACAAAUCCAACGAGCAUGUUCUAGCAGGGGGAGCUUGCUUCAAUGAGAAAGCAGACUCGCAUCUGGUGUGUGUUCAGAAUGAUGAUGGGAACUACCAGACACAGGCCAUCAGCAUCCAUAAUCAGCUGAGGAAGGUGACUGGUGCCAGCUUCUUUGUGUUCAGUGGAGCUUUAAAAUCCUCUUCAGGUUACCUUGCCAAAUCCAGUAUAGUAGAAGAUGGAAUAAUGGUCCAGAUAACUGCUGAGAACAUGGACUCUCUGAGGCAGGCCUUGAGAGAGAUGAAAGACUUUACCAUCACUUGUGGCAAAGUAGAUGCUGAAGAUCCUCAGGAACACGUUCACAUUCAGUGGGUAGAAGAUGAUAAAAACUUCAGUAAAGGUGUUGUAAGCCCUAUUGAUGGCAAAUCAAUGGAGUCUAUAACAAGUGUGAAGAUAUUUCAUGGCUCAGAGUACAAGUCAAAUGGAAAGGUCAUUCGAUGGACAGAGGUGUUUUUCCUGGAAAACGAUGAGCAACACAAUGGUCUGAGUGACCCAGCUGAUCACAGCAGACUGACUGAAAACGUGGCAAAAGCCUUCUGUUUAGCUCUUUGUCCUCAUCUUAAGUUGUUAAAAGAAGAUGGCAUGACUAAGCUUGGUCUGCGCGUUACUCUCGACUCAGAUCAAGUUGGUUAUCAAGCUGGGAGUAAUGGACAGCCACUGCCUUCUCAAUACAUGAAUGACCUGGACAGUGCCUUAGUUCCAGUGAUUCAUGGAGGGGCAUGUCAGUUGAGUGAGGGGCCAGUCAUAAUGGAGCUCAUCUUUUAUAUUCUGGAAAACAUCUCAUAAGAGGACUUCAUUUUCUGUUCAGACCUGUUCCAGCAGCAGUUGUAUCUGAAUCAUUUGCACUUUAAAACUGGAAAAAUUAAGCUUUUGGUAACACUAUUAAGGGGAGGUGGGG